ACACGUAAUUUGCGGGGCCAACUUUAGCGGCCUUUCCUCCAGGAUUACCCCUUUCUUUCUUUCUUGUCUGAAAUGAUUCAAUUAUUAUAGUGGGGCUUAAAAAGUGUGAUUGAAUUGAAUCUUCCAAUGCAAUUGCAACUUGGGUUUGGUCUGGUUGUUACCGUUAUUUCGUCAGCUAAGACUUCUGGAUGGCCUGAUAAAAUUUUCCAUCUUGGGAAAUGAAUUUUAUAAUAUUAGAAAGUGAGGGAAUUGCAGAAGAGGUUAUGAAACUUCUGCGGAUGAGGAGUUAAGAGAGAAGGUCCAAUGCAUCCCCCAUCUUCCGCUGCAUGGUUGCCACUAUAGUAUAUCUAACAAAUAGUGUGUUCUGGCAUUAACAUUCAAAGCUAGAAUUAUGGCACCUGGCAGUGGUAUCUGUAAAGAUGUGAUAGAGUCUCACAUUGCAUUUGCGGAUUAUGAUAUGGCUACUUCAAGUCUGGACUUAAGAGGUUCCCCUUUAAGAAAAGCUGCAACUGGUUUAGGUGGAAAUAUGGGAGCAACAUCAACAAAUGAUGUGCAAGAACUACUUGAGUGUCCUGUUUGCAUAAAUUUGAUGUAUCCUCCAAUUUACCAGUGUCCCAAUGGCCACACUGUAUGUUCAAUUUGCAAGGCUAGAGUUCGCAACUCUUGCCCAACAUGCCGCAAUGAGCUUGGAAAUAUAAGGUGUUUGGCUUUGGAGAAAGUAGCGGAGUCACUAGAACUUCCUUGCAGAUAUCAGAUUCUGGGUUGUCAUGAUAUUUUCCCAUACUACAGCAAGCUCAAGCAUGAAAAAAAGUGUAGAUAUCGCCCAUAUAAUUGCCCAUAUGCUGGAGCUGAAUGCUCUGUCACUGGUGAUAUUCCAUUUCUUGUCAUGCAUCUCAAGAAUGAUCACAAGGUUGACAUGCAUGAUGGUUGUAUUUUCAACCACAGAUAUGUCAAAUCCAAUCCCCAUGAAGUAGAAAAUGCCACGUGGAUGCUAACUGUUUUCAACUGCUUUGGUCGACAAUUUUGCUUGCACUUUGAGGCUUUUCACAUAGGAAUGGCACCAGUUUAUAUGGCCUUCCUGCGGUUCAUGGGUGAUGAAGAUGAGGCAAGACAAUUUAGUUAUAGUCUGGAAGUUGGUGGCAAUGGCAGAAAGUUGAUUUGGCAAGGAGUUCCUAGAAGUAUUCGUGAUAGUCAUCGGAAAGUUCGAGAUAGUCAAGAUGGACUUAUCAUUCAAAGAAACCUGGCACUCUUCUUCUCAGGUGGUGAUAGACAGGAGCUGAAGCUGAAAGUGGCUGGCCGCAUUUGGAAAGAACAAUGAGAUAAGUCCAGAAAUCUAUGAUAUUGUGGUUAAAAUUUGCAUCUCAAAUAAUAUACAUUAAAAAAAUAAAAAAGGUUGCCAGGUUCAUGCAUUUUUCUGUAAAUUUUGUAGAUAAUGAUAUCACAUUGUGAGGGAAAGUAUGAUUUGCACUGGAGAUUAUUACUUUUUUUUUUAAUGAUUUUUCAG